UAUUUUGCUAGCCACAGGGACAAUUUUGGAGAAUUCGCAAAAUUAAUUCUUACCGCAAAAGCUUUGUCAAAGCUAGAAUGAAUGGGGUGAGAGAUGUGGCAACGAAACAAUGUUUGUUUUGAUGAGUUUCGAGAGAAUGUGGCACUUGAACAAAACACACUUGAGUCUGGCUCUGUUAGCUAUCAGUGCAUUUGUGGUGUAUGUUGGUCUUGAUUCACCACUUUUCGCAUUGAUUAAUCAAAGGGUUCAAAAGGGGCAUAGAGAAUUGACAUUUUCAUCAUUCAAAGAUGGGGGAAGACAGAAGCCACUGAACAUUGUUAAUAGAUUGCAAGUAGAAAGAGCAAUUCAAGGAGAUAGAAAAUUGGAGAAGGUUGAAGCAAGUCUUGCAAAAGCAAGAUCCUUGAUAAAAGAAGCCUUAUUGAGAACCAAAGCCACGGUGCCUCAAGAAGAUACUCAUGAUUAUAUUCCACAAGGAGACAUUUACAGAAACGCUGCUGCUUUUCAUAGGAGUUAUACAAUAAUGGAGAAGGUGUUCAGAAUAUUCGUGUAUGAAGAGGGGGAGCCCCCUCUAUUUCAUUAUGGUCCCUGCAAGAACAUAUAUUCCAUGGAAGGAAUCUUUAUCAACUUAUUGGAAAUCAAUACCUUAUUCCGGACUCAGAAUCCAGAUGAAGCCCAUGUCUACUUUCUUCCCUUUAGUGUUGUCAUGAUCCUUGAGCACCUCUUUCAUCCAGUUAUUCGUGACAAAGCUGUGUUGGGCCGAACUAUUGGUGAUUAUGUGCGCAUCAUAUCCCACAAAUAUAAAUACUGGAAUAGAAGCUAUGGAGCUGACCAUUUCAUGCUUUCUUGCCAUGAUUGGGGACCAAGAUCAACAUGGUAUGUCAAAGAAUUGUAUUUCAUUGCAAUCCGGGUGCUAUGUAAUGCAAACAUCUCUGAGCAUUUCAAUCCCAAGAAGGAUGCAUCAUUUCCUGAAAUCAACCUUGUAACAGGAGACACAACAGAUCUUAUUGGUGGCUACCCCACAAGGAACCGAACAAUAUUGGCUUUCUUUGCAGGACAAAUGCAUGGCAGAAUUAGACCAGUGCUUUUCCAGCAUUGGGAGAGCAAAGACAAGGAUGUGCUGGUUUAUCAGAAACUCCCAGAUGGAGUUUCAUACCAUGAGACAAUGAAGAAGAGCAGAUACUGCAUUUGUCCUAGUGGGUUUGAAGUGGCAAGUCCUAGGAUUGUUGAGGCAAUCUAUGCACAAUGUGUACCUGUCAUAAUAUCACAACAAUAUGUACUUCCUUUUAGUGAUGUUUUGAAUUGGGAUUCUUUCUCGGUCCAGAUUUUAGUGAGUGAUAUUCCCAAGCUUAAGGAAAUUUUGUUGGGUAUAUCGGAGGAGAAAUACUUGAGAUUGCAAGAGGGGGUUAGGCAAGUACAAAGACAUUUUGUAGUGAAUAACCCCCCCAAGAGAUAUGAUGUAUUCCAUAUGAUUAUUCAUUCCAUAUGGCUUAGGAGGUUGAAUGUGCGUGUCAAAUAAGUCAUUAUUAAUCUCAAUUUUAUUGUAUUAAUUGCUAUAAUAUAAUCGUGUUAACU